AUGUUGUUCUUGUCACAACAAGAAAAAGAAGGGCAAAUAGCAGGAGUUGAGGCAACAUUGGAUACAUUCAAGGCUGACAAGGCUUAUCCAAUGAGAAAAUUGCGCGAGAUCCUUCCAGAUAUGAUAAGGAGAUCCUCAAAAUUGUAUCACAAUGUUCAGACUGUUACAGCAGCAUAUACGGAACUGGAGGCUUUCAAGAAGCUUGCUUACUGUAACAAUGCACUUUUGUUGACGAUGCUGCACUCAAAGACAUACCCCGAUGAAGGUAUGCUAGCUGCAAAGGUUGAAUAUGAAUGCAAAGUGAGAGGUGCCCAGCGAUUGGGUUUCAAUUCCGUGGUUGGUGGCGGGCCUAAUGGAAGUGUUAUACAUUACUCUAGGAACGAUCAAAAGAUUAAAGAUGGAGAUUUUGUUUUGAUGGAUGUGGGAUGUGAGUUACAUGGCUAUGACAGUGAUCUCACACGUACCUGGCCACCUUGUGGUACCUUCUCUUCCGCACAGGAGGGGCUUUAUGAGCUUAUACUGGAAACAAACAAGCAUUGUGUGGAACUUUGUAAGCUUGGUGCAAGUAUUCGACAAAUACACAACCGUUCGGUUGAAAUGCUGCAGAAAGGACUAAAGGAGUUUGGAAUUUUGAAAGGUUUUGGAAGCAGUUCCUACCAUGAGCUUGAACCCAAACAAUAG